CAUUUACCAUAUGAUUUUUUUUUUUUUUUUGUCAAUUUCCUUGGUUCAUAGACGAUGUCGAUCUGGCUUUUGGUAUCGACAAUGGAAUGGGUGAAAAUGAGUGGUACACGUUGGAAAUUUUGGCUUUGUUGCAGGUUUUUGUGGUGUGCUGAUUGCUGAAGAAGAAGAAGAAUAAUGGAGGGUACAAAGCAGAUGAAGAGAGCUUUGAUUGAUGCCACCGCCGGUGCGAUCUCCGGCGCCGUUUCCAGAACCAUCGUAUCUCCACUUGAUGUAAUCAAAAUUAGGUUUCAGGUUCAGCUAGAACCCACUACACAGUGGCCUUUGUUUCAUAAAAAUGUGUACAGUCCAUCAAAAUAUACGGGUAUGCUGCAGGCAAGCAAGGAAAUCUUUCGGGAUGAAGGCUUACUGGGGUUUUGGAGGGGAAAUGUGCCAGCCCUGCUUAUGGUAAUGCCAUAUACAGCAAUACAAUUUGUAGUUUUGCAAAAGUUGAAGACCUUAGUUUCUGGUUCUUCUAAAUCAGAAGACCAUACCCAUGUAAGUCCGUAUAUUUCUUUUGCUAGUGGCUCAGUAGCAGGCUGUGCCGCCACUAUUGGAACAUACCCAUUUGAUCUCCUAAGAACCAUUUUAGCAUCACAGGGGGAGCCAAAGGUUUAUCCAAAUAUGAGGUCUGCAUUUGUUCACCUACUCCAAAGCCGUGGCAUCCGAGGUCUGUAUGGUGGAUUGACACCAACCCUAGUGGAAAUAAUACCUUAUGCCGGAUUGCAAUUCGGAACCUACGACACUUUUAAACGUUGGUUUAUGGCUUGGAAUCAGUACAGAUCUCCUCACACAAUCCAAGGUGACAUUAAUGCCCUCUCAAACUUACAAGUUUCGCUAUGCGGAUUAGCUGCAGGAGUUUCUGCUAAAGCCGUUUGUCAUCCACUCGACGUAGUAAAGAAGAGAUUUCAGGUCGAAGGACUGAAAAGGGAUCACAGAUAUGGAGCUCGAGUAGAGCCUGGUUCUUACAGAAAUAUGUAUGAUGCAAUUCGUCAAAUUCUGCAUACGGAAAGUUGGGCUGGUCUUUAUAAAGGCAUUGUACCAUCGAUUGUCAAAGCGGGUCCCGCUAGUGCAGUCACGUUUGUUGCUUACGAGUUUACGUUUAGUUGGUUGGUAUCCAUAUCGCAAUGAAAUUUUAUCGCAAUUAUCAAAUAUACCAUCCACAUUGGAAUGGAUUCAUCACAAUUGUUCUGUGAUUAUACAAUUUUUCGCCAUUUGAUUUUAUCUUAAAAUGUACAGUUUUAUAAUAAAAAUGUAUAAUUCAAUUCUGCACUAC